AAAAUUAUCUUGGUCAAAUAAGGUAAUUUGCAUACCUUAACAUCAAAACUGGUCUAUAAUAGUUUUUAUCAACAGUGCUCAAUUUGAUCAUAUAAAAUGGAUAUUUUGGGACUGAUAGAAAUAAACGGAUGGAUUUUGGUUGUGAUUUUUCUUUGUGUGACAAUUAUUAUUAUAUUCGUCCAUUUCCGAUCUAAGCAUACAGUAUGGAGUCGAGCAGGAGUUCCUGGUCCAACAUCGAAACCUUUUGUCGGAAUAACUCCCCUGUAUAGAACUAAAGGAAUGAUACAAACAGACCUGGACCUAGUGAAGAAGUACGGCAGAUGUUUUGGGAUAUAUCAAGGGCUGGUUCCAACGCUGGUGAUCUCUGACCCGGAAACAAUAAAAGAAGUUAUGGUCAAAGAAUUCUCUAAUUGUCCCAACAGACGAAAUGUUCUUCCGUCGAGAAAUGAACUAAAACACUCAUUGAUACAUCUACGAGACGAUCAUUGGAGGUUUAUUAGGAAUACUUUACUGCCAACGUUUUCCUCUGGCAAGAUGAGAGCGCUGAACCCUAUCUUUAAACGGUCGUAUGAACAAUUAGUAGAGAACCUGAAGCCGAAAGCUGAAGCUGGAGAACCAAUUGAAUUCAAACAGGUGUUUGGAGCGUAUACUAUGGAUAUCAUAGCCUCAGCUGGAUUUGGUCUUGACGUUGAUUCACAGAAAAAUCCAGAGAACAAAUUUACAAAAUAUGCAAAAAUGUUGUUCGAUUUUAAAUUUUCAAGGUUGAUUAUUUUGAUAAUGGCCUUUCCAAGUGUUGACAUCAUCUUCAACUGGUUUAACAUAUCACCGAAUAAUAACCGAACUAUAAUGGACUUUUUUAAAUCUGUUGUCAAAACAGCUAUUGGUAUGAGGAAUGAAACUGACCAGAAACCAAAAGAUCUGCUGCAAAUGAUGCUGAACGCGCACAACGACAAAGAUGUGAAUGAUUACGAGGCUGUACACCAGUAUGAAAAGGAUCCAGAGAAAUGGAAGAAAAGAGGAUUAACAUUGGAUGAAAUUACUGGGAACGCCAUUUUGUUUUUGUUAGUCGGAUACGAUACCACUGCCUCCGCACUAACAUUUGUUACCUAUUGCCUAGCAACCAACCCGGAUUGCCAAGAGAAACUCAUUAAAGAAAUAGACUCCGUUUUAGGAAAAGAUUGUCCAAAUUAUGACAAUAUCCAGAAGAUGGAUUACCUGGAUCGGGUAUUCAGUGAAACACUGCGUCUAUACGCCCCAGGAGGAAGAACGGGCAGAAAUGUUGAGAAGGAAAUGAUAGUAAAUGGAUAUAAAAUCCCCAAAAAUGCAGAGAUAAUGAUUCCUAUACAUGCAAUUCACAGAGAUCCGGAAUUUUGGGAAGAACCUGACAAAUUUGACCCUGAAAGAUUUACACCAGAAAACAAAGCAAAGAGGCACCCUUACUGUUAUUUACCAUUUGGUCAUGGACCUCGUAGCUGUAUCGGCAUGCGUCUGGCUCAAGUAGAAGCCAAAUAUGCACUAGUGUACAUACUACAACAUUACAGGUUCAAAACAUGCGCAGAAACAGAGAUUCCCUUACAACUGACAAAAGGUGGAAUUACAAAACCCGCGAAUGGCAUGAAACUAAAACUGGAAAGUCGAGUAUAGAAAAACUAAACUGCAUACGAUAUAAGUUGAGAGAAUAUGCGUCUUAAUAUGCAUUUGGUUUCAUACAGUAUUUAUCUAUUUCUUCAUUUGAAUUAAAAACUGUUCAUAAUU